AUGGAGGUUCGCCCUACGGGGAAGAAUAUGUUGUGGAAAUUUUGUCGACGGGCAGAAUAUAAUGGAGGUUCGGGCAAGUUCGGAAGGGAAUGGAUUUUCCCCCGUCUUGUGUUGAAUAGUGGAGUCCGGGACUCCCGUGUAUAUGUGUAUUAUGUGAAGUGUAAGGUUCGGGGAAGGACGAAAGAGAAUGGACUUUCCCCCGUCUUGUGGUGA